CUCAGGACUCUGAUGGGACAGCACGCGAGCAGAUCUGCGGUGCAAACCGCCCCUCGGGUCAAGUCGCAGCGCUUACCCCCGCCCAUGGCCGCCCGGGCCGUGGCCGAUCCCCGAUCUCAGCCCUCUUCCUCUGCGAUGGAGGAGAGAAAUCUCUCCCGCUCCGCGGAGGCCGAGAAGGGCAGAACCCCCCAGGAGCCGCCUGUUGCGCCGCCCGCUCCCCGCUCGGACACCCCUGAGAUGCCCGUGUGUGCCGCGGAGCGUUACGCGACAGACAACAUCGAGGCCUUCAUCCGGAGAACAGAGCCUCAGAAUGAGGAGCAGAAGAUGAAAUUCCUGCACAGCAUCCGCACCAUCUGCAACACCGCAGUGGAGAGGAACACGGUGCAGGAACUGCGCGUCUUCUGCCACCAGAACAAUCUUGUGGAGAACAUCAUGGUGCUGCUGGCAGAGGAGCCGCACGAGAUGCUGAGCUCCGAACUGCGGCUGCAAGCGAUGGCCGCCAUCACCGCCCUCAGCAAGGUGGAAGGGGUGUUGGAGAAGAAGAUCCCUCUCUUUGUUGUGUGCUUCCAGAGCGUCUUCCUGCUUCCUUCGGAGCAGAACCUGGACACUAACCUUUACUCUCAGACUCUCUGGGCUCUGGAUGAGAUGCUGGACACCUUGGUGUUCAUCCACCCCACUGCCAGCAUUGGAGAGGAGUUGAAAAACGUCUUCCAGGUGCUGCUGCCCUUCACCUCCAUGCAGAACUCGGCUGCGCGCCAGAGGGCAGUGGGGCGCAUCUGGAAGCUGAGCCAUUUGCUGGCGCAUCACUGCCAGGAGAAGCCCCAUCACUCCUCGGGACAGUCCAGAUCCAUCUGCUAUGACGAGUUCCACCUGCCCGUGCUGGGGCAGCUGGUGGGAAGCCUCAUCCUGUGCUGCGCCUUCCAGGAGGAGAAAACGCAGUGCUGUGCUUUGAGCGCUCUCCGUCACCUCUACACCUUUAUCCUGCGGAGAAACCGCUGGGAAUUGCAGCCAGAUGAGCAGGGGAAGCAGGAGCAGUGGGAAGAUGACCACGAGUUCUCCCUCACCUGGACCACCAACACCUCGGUCAUUUUGCUGCGCUUUGCAAAGCACUUCCACUCGUGGGAGAAGACCGACCUCAUCCUCCUGGCGCUGCAGGGCAUGAAGGACUGCAGCAACUACAACACCCAGGUUGCUUCCACCUUGAUGGCCAUGCUGAUGGUCAACUUCCAGCCUAUGCACAAUGAUGUGCGGCGCAUCGUGACGGCCAUCCACAGGAGCAGGAAGCUGAUCACAGAGGAGAAGGCGCUGAGGCACAUCCGUGGCACCUUCCCCUGGCUGGCCGCUGCCAACCCUCACGGAAUGACACUCAGCCUGCUGCGCUGCUCCCCCACCUGUGACAAGGACAUAUGGGAGCUGUGGGAGUUGGCACUGUCCUCGGUGGACGUGGUGCCAAAGAUGGUGCGGGAGCUGCUGCGUCUGCUGGAGAUCGCGCCGCUGGGCCUGGAGACCGAGACCGGCACGCUUACCGUGGCCGCGGCCACGGCGCUCUAUAAGCUCCUGCAGAACCUGGAGUACGGCCCGCAGGUGCGGCUGCUUUUCCCGGAGCUCUUCGUGGUGCUCGUCAUCCAGUUGGUGUCCUCUGGGGAGCUCGGUCCUCUGGAGGCCACCGCCAUCAUGGAGGAGCCAUUCCGCCCAAGUGCACCCACCUCUGCCAUCAGUAUGGUGAUGGAGGCGCUGCGCCUUUUGCUGCUGUGUGCUGAUAUGGACAACCUGGCGUUCUGCAUGGAGACCCAAGACCUGUGGGCGCAGCUGCUGGGCGCUGCCACGUGGCGAAAUGGCCUGCACUCCCUCGCUAAGGUGAUGCUGAGGAAAUGCCAGAGUCAGAGCAGCUGCAUCUUCAGCCACCUGCAGAACCUGCUGCAGUAUCACCAGCUGCAGUGGAGGGAGGUCCCGGCCAUGGCGCUCUACUUUGAGAUGUGGAGCUGCCAGGAGCCCCGGGAUGAUGACUCCUGCAUGGAGAAGAUCUUCAGGAAAUACAUCCCCAGCAAACGGCCUGAGAGCAGAGAGCUGGCGCUGCGCGGGCUGCAGCACCUUUACACCGGGAGGACGCAGCUCCUGCUGCCCGACGUGCUGCGGUGGCUGCAGGACGUGCGGGCUGACGUCAAACUGCAGGCCAUGUGUCUGCUGCGGGGCAUCCUGGCACAGCACCCCGCCAGCAUCCCAGGUGUGCUCGGCCAGCUGGCCGUGCUGCUGCUGUCCUGCUUCAACGAGGACAAUGUGGAGCUGCGCUGGCGCUCCAUGGAGCUCUUUGCGCUGCUGCUGGAGUUGCCGGGCAGGAAGCAGCUGCUGCCAGAGGUGGAGAGGAGCCUGCUGCCGCUCUUCAUUCAUAUGAAUGAGGACAUCCCCAACGUGGCCCAGGCUGCUCAGAACGCUCUGAUCCACGCCGCCAAGCUCCUGGAGUGGCAGCAACUGCAACGCUUGGCCAGCAUGGCGGAGGUCUGGAUGAUCGCUGACUGCCUGCUGCAGAAGAGGGGCAGAUUUGCGGAGCUGUACCUGAAGCAGAUCAUGCUGCACCUGCAGAGCCCCCAGGCGCCCGUGAGGGAGGUGGCCGUGCGCUUCCUGGGGAUGCUGGGGCGGCAGCUGAGGCAUGAGAACCAGCAGAUGGUGUUGGACAUCCGUAAAGCCCUGGAGGGCGCCAAGGAGGACAGCGAUCCGGCCGUGCGCUGCCUGGUGCAGCAGACGCUGCUGAUCCUCAGCCUGAUGGAAGAUGUGCCGCACACCAGGCCUGGGGGCAGAGCGCUGUGCCGGUGGUUCCGGAGGAUGCGGAGGCAGUAGUGCAAAUCCAAAGAGUGUGGAGGUGUUGCAUUCUGCCCCUCACUGCCGCUCCAACGCCAACCCGAAGAGCAACCACCAAGAGCCCCAAAGCAAACCGCGUCCCCAGCCAUAACCAGAACUCCAACCUGAGCCUCAAGCACGGCCAUAAGCCCAGCUGACUUGCAGAAACUCCGUGACCGCAAAGGAGCGAUAAAAGCAGAGGAAUUGCCUGAAUUGCCACCCCUGCCCAGCCGGAUCCAUGUCACCUUUCUGGUGAAAAGCAGCCGAGAAGAGAACAGGCGAUGUCAAGAAGGAGAGCAGUCAGCUGCCAGCGGUCCCGGGGGCAUCUUCUGCCAAAAAGCAGCCUCAGAACAAAAGAAGGGAAAAUGCUCUACCAAAAACAAAGCGACAGAGAUGGGUCCGGCACAGGCAGCGCAACCUCCAGGUGGCAAAGGAGAAGAACACGGCACGGUGAAAGCCCCCGGUACAGGAGGAGAGCUGGAAAAGGCCCAGGCCGAGCUCAGAAAGCACUGCGAAGCCCCAGCCCUGCACCAAACACCGCUGGCAGCCCUGUGGUCCUCGAGCUCAAGAGCAGCCUGCCCAGGAGCGCAGCUGCAGCGCCUCUGCUGCGGUGCCACGGACACAAAGGGGACGAGAUCUGUGCAGAGUCAGCCGCCAGAGAGCAAAGCGGGGCUCCCCAGGAGCGGGACGGCCUGUCCACACCGAGCAGGGCAUGGGGUGCAAGGAGAAGCAGAGCUCCACCUGAGGCUGCAGAGCAGAUGCCCGAUUCCUAUCCACGCCAUUCCUGAACCCUUCUUUGGUUUUGGCUCACAGUUUGCUUUCUGAGGCGCUCCUUGCCAUGAGACUGACUUAUCUAGGAGAUGAGAGGUGGCAACAACAUCACUUGGUGGGCAAUUUUACAAUGGAAAGCAUUUCUUCGGAGCUGUUUGCCUUCAGAAGAGAUUGCUCAGGACUGUUUAUUGGCGCAAGGUCUGGACUGUGACCAAAAACUCCAGCUUUGAACUGGGGAAUGAUACCAUCGUAUCCAUUGAGAAACAGGAUGCAGGUGGGCACCUCCCUGCUUCCUCUUAUCUGCUGGCAAGGCCCGGGAGAUGGGAACAAAGGCGUUUCUGCUGAGAUCCUAAAGCCAGCAGCUGCCGCUCCAAAGAGAGCUGACUCGACCGCUUUGGAUUUGAACUGUCGCUCCAAAGAGAGCUGGCUCUCUUUUGUGGCCUCUCUUGGACUUAUGAAUAAGUUUGUACAGUCGCCAUGUCACCAACCGAACAGCGGCCUCUGAUGACCCAUCACUGCUGAACAUCAAGGUCUGAACUACGAACCAAGCUGGACCCACGGUGGUGAUUACAUCUCUCUUGCUUGCUACACAGACUGUUGCUUUAUUUUCCAUCUUUCUAUCGCCCAUCUUCCCCAUCUCCCUGAACAGCUUGGAUUCGUAAUAAACUGGACGGGCUGACCAUCAUUGUGUCUUCAUCUGUCCGUCAGCUGUGCAUACAUUAGAAGAACCUCCCCUCGCUCUGGCGAUGGCAGCGGGACAGUGCCGUCUCCAUGAAGAAAAGCAGAGCUAGAAGGACAGUGGGGGCUCGUCCUUCCAAGACCCCUUGGCUCUGGCAGCCUGCAUUCCUUGGAGCCUUGGCAUCUCGAGUUCCUCCAUUCCAAAGUCCCGCUCUGGUGCACACAGAGCACAGCGAAGCCCAGGGUUUGGCAGCACUUGAGAGGCGUAGCCGUGCGUGAGGCUGGGCCUGGGCCAAAAGGAGGCUGUUUCCUUCCAGCUCGCUGCUCUUUUGGAUCCCUGGUGGGAAGAGAAGGGCUUUGUGAGAGGCGUAACUUAGGACAAAACACUGCGGCUGGGCGAUUUGUAGGGACGGGGUAAAGGGAGGCAGAGAAAUGGCUGCCUCCCCUCGGCGUUCUGACCUGAAGCCUCCCCAGGGCUACGCGUGAGGGAAAAGAACGGCCCUAUUUUUUGACAAGAGUCUUCUCGUACGUAAAUCCAUCGGUUGUCGGACCACAUGGAAAGAGAUGGAGGAAAAUACAAGAAAGGUCUUGCAGAAAAUGGCCUUUUGCACUGUUCUGGUCGUUGGUGCACGGAACAGGAUCGCUCUUUCUCCCUGAAACUCAGGCCCCAGGGGAAACAAUUGCAAUUCCUCAUUCAAUAGAAAUAUUUGCAUUCCCUUCCAAACUUCGUUUUGAGUAAACCAGUCCCGUGCCCAACAGGUCGUUAAGGUACCGUGUGCCAUUGAAAACCCUGGCUUUAGAAGCAAAGGAGACGCCGCGUUCUGCUCCCCGACUGCCUGCAACGUUGCUCCUCUCUGCGCCCUCGGCCGGCCAUCUCUAAGGGCAGCUCACAGCCGGCGCUGAGCGUGGCACCAGCAGGGUGGGACGGGGCCGCUGGGAGGCCCCACCUCACAGCGCUGCUGUCGCCUCUCCAGCCCUCAGCAGAGCCCAGCUCCGCCGGAGAGCCGUGUGUGGGAAAGGCUGUGCCACAGCCGGGCUCCUGGCGCGGGGCUGCAACAGGCGCCUCUUGUGAGCCCUGCUGUCGCUCCAAGAACAAGGUGGGCUGUAUGGGAGCAUUUCGGACGCAAGGAGGAGAAGGCCAGAGGCCUGGAAAUGUGACCUGUGCAGGCGCUGCCCAGGGCAGCCGAGCGCUGAGCAUCCAGCACCGGGCGCUCGCUCAUCACUCAGAGUGCAGCUGCUUUGGAGCGGCCUGGCCAGAACCAGCAGGCGACCGCAAGGCACGAGGGGCUGUGGGGCCUCACGCUGUGCUGCAGAUGGCAGCAGAGGGGCAGUGUGGGGCAGUGCGAUCUGAAGAGCCGUCAGCUCGCAGUGAAGAGCAGACGGCAAGGAGUCUUGUGCUUUUGCUUAGAAAUAGAGGCAAAAUCCUCAGCACCAAAACACAGAAUCGUACGGUCACCGAGGUUGGAAGAGACCUCCAAGAUCACCCCGUCCAACCGUCCGCCUCCCGCACCGUUUGGCACUGAGCCGUGUCCCUCAGCACUGUGUUAUAUUAUAGAUUGAACAGCCCAAAUACGUAUUUUGGAAAUCGUCUUUUGUUAAAGUGAGCAAGUAGGCAAAACAGCGCUGGGCGGCCGCGGAGUCUCUGCUCCACCUUCCAGCUGACGUCUGCACAGCUCACUGCCGCUGUUGGUGGCUUCGCAUCUCCUGCUGCGGUGCUGCUGUGAGGCAGCCGUGCUUUGUCCUGCCAGAUGGGGGCUGGGAUCUUUGCAGUACCUCCGUUCGUGAUCCUUGCGCUGCGAUAGCGAGCUGUAGGAUACAACCUGCAAGGGAUCCGUAUCGUGUCCUGGUCACGAUGACUCGAAGGGAAUUCACAGAUAGCAUCGCUUAGGGGGGUUUACAGCUUAGAGGAGUUUAUGGCCCAGAGGUGUUUGUUGUUUAGUUCAGCCUUUUGCUACCCCAAGACCAAUGUAUUGCUUGGCUGAACCUUUUUGCUUUUCCCAAGUGUGUUUCCAAAAGGGAGCCUCCUCGAGUCAGCAGAGAGGGGUCCCUAAGAAAGCGAUGGAUGGGGAAGAUGAGCGGGAUGAGAAACGGCUGAGACAGGAAAGGAAAGGAGCUCAGAGCUGAAACAAAGGUCGGAAGGACGCGGCGAGGAAGAAUCACAGAGUCACAGAAUGGCCAGGGUUGGAAGGGACCUCAAGGAUCGUGAAUCUCCAACCCCCUGCCACAUGCAGGGCCACCAACCUCCACGUCUAAUGCUAAAAGAAGUCUGACUUCAUCCCGGAACGAGCACCGAAUGGGGAGGAAGACGUCGAGCCUUCAUCCAAUGGAAGCUACUGCGCGUGCCCUGGGGAGGGGGACAGUAUGUAAAUGAAUUCCUGGAAGAGCAAUUAAUAUGCCAAUGGCUCUCAGAUAACACUGCUGAAUAUGCAUGGCGUGGCUUAUGAACGUAGCAGACCCCGCUCUGGUGUGUGAGCCAGGAGCAGCGAGCGGCGCUGAAAUCCACGCAUCUGCUCUCAUAACCCGACGUGGGUUGGAGUUGGAUUCUGCACAUCAGCGCGGCAUCUUUAGAGCUGUACAAGUCCUGGGCUCCGUGCCUUAAGGCUGUGCUUGUUGGUGCUUCCAGAUGUCUGUAGUUGGAAGCUGGCCCCUGCUGCUGUUGCGGUUUUCUAGUGAGCUGCAAUUGAAAUGGACACCUCUGGUCUGAUUGCCAGCCCCAUCCCGCAUGCUCAGAUCAGCCAAGUUUGCAAGGCCUGGCUCUUGUGGGUGAGUUGUGCCCCAGGUCAGAGAGUUGGCUCUUCUUAGCCUGGAGAUGUGUUUCCCAGUUGCAUGCUGUGCUGUUCCUGUUGCGUUGACCUCUUGAGCUGCAGCCCUAACUGGGGAUCCAAGUAGACUGACACAGAAGGAACGGUUGAGAUCUGUGUGAGCUUGGAUUGGAAAUGCAGUGCCAAGGGCUGCACAAACGUGGGACGGUUCUGAGUGUAAGGAAAGGCAUCUGCUGGGUGAGGGCUUUGCUGGGUGAGCGUCACCGUGCUGAAGAGCAGGCAGCUGUUGUCUUUGCAGACAGCCACAUCCAUAGGGAUUGGAAGCUUCCUCUGCCUUGCAGCUCUUGGCUGCUGCUCUGAGAGUGGAGCUUCUUGCCCUGAGAGAACCAGCAGCAGAAAGGAUCCCAUGCGUGGCCUCUGAGCCCUUUCAGACCAACCAGCUGGAUUCUCGUGGCUGUGACCUGGGUUUGCAGUUCACCCAGCAGGCUUUGCCCAAAGCAGGAUGAGCUGUGGGCACAGCGUCCAGCAGUGGAAGCGACCAACAGCUGGAGACAGCAGCAGCCUGAGCGGAAAGCGGCGCCCCUGGGGGAAAUGCUCACUGAACAAAGGCCCAGAAGAAGAGAGCAGCUUGUCCCUGCGUUCACAUGGUAGGGAAAUUCAUUUCUGGGCCAGGAGAAGAAGAAAUGCAGCAAUCUUCCCUGCACUGCUCAGUUGGCCUGAGUUGCCAAGUGCUCCUCGUUUUUCUUGCACCCUUCAAUUCCAAGUCCAUAUUUUCCCCAAAGCAAAAGAAUUCAGAGGUCAGCUGGCGCUGGAAGUGGACGGCAUGCAGUGUGAAUGGAGGUCAGUGCAGGAGCAGCUGCUGGGAGGAAGGAAGUGCAGGUUGAUGGACGCUGACGCAUCGCCUGGCAUGGCACCAGAGGAGGCAGCAGUGAUGCUGGGGGGCAGCUGCAGAAGAACACGAGGAGCUCCUCAGCAGGAAGCCACAGACCCUGCAGAAAGCUGCAGCAGACU